AUGCUUAAACCCAAAGAAAUGGAUGACCAUUUACCGGGCUUUGAUGCCCCUGCAGAAGAAGAGUCACCAGCUGACUCUCAAAGCAAAAGUAAGAAAAAGAAAGCAUCUGGUGGUUUUCAGUCAAUGGGACUAAGCUUUCCAAUUAUAAAAGGUAUUACAAAAAGAGGAUAUAAGCAGCCGACACCUAUACAACGAAAGACAAUUCCUCUUGCAAUUUCUGGCAAAGAUGUGGUUGCUAUGGCACGCACAGGCUCAGGUAAAACAGCCUGUUUUGUACUUCCAAUAUUGGAAAAACUGCUUGCCCCUAACAGUAAACCUCUGCCUGGAAAAAACUUCAGAGCACUUAUAUUAUCACCAACUAGAGAACUGGCUCUACAGACUCUCAGAUUUGUAAGAGAACUUGGUAAAUUUACUGGAUUAUCAUCAGCAGCUAUUCUUGGUGGAGAAUCAAUUGAGCAACAGUUUAGUGUGAUGUCGGGCAAAGCACCAGAUAUAGUGGUGGCAACACCUGGACGAUUUCUUCACAUCUGUAUUGAAAUGAGCUUAAAAUUAGACAACAUCAAGGUUGUUGUGUUUGACGAAGCUGACCGUUUAUUUGAACUCGGAUUUGGAGAGCAGCUUCAAGAAAUCGUAGCCAGGUUACCAUCGAGUCGUCAAACGCUCCUCUUCUCUGCCACGAUGCCUAAAAUGCUUGUAGAAUUCGCGCGUGCUGGUCUCUCAGACCCCAUGCUAGUUAGAUUAGAUGUUGAUUGGAAGUUACCUUCAACUUUGUGGAUUGGUUGGAUUGCUGUGAGAGCAGAAUUAAAGACAGCAGCUUUGUUGCUGUUAUUAGAUAAAGUGCUGACAUCGACAACACCUCAAGCUGUUGUGUUCGCUGCCACCAAACAUCAUGUGGAGUAUUUGCAUUUGAUUCUACAAAAAGCAGGCAUUUCAUCAACUUACGCAUACUCGGGACUUGAUCCUUCCGCCCGUAAGAUAGCUCUAGGUCGUUUCACAAACAAGAAAUGUUCAGUUCUCAUUGUAACUGAUGUGGCAGCGAGAGGGUUAGAUUUACCGGCUUUGGAUACAGUCAUUAACUACAACUUUCCUGCAAAACCAAAACUCUUUGUACAUAGAGUCGGCCGAAGUGCCCGAGCUGGACGUGCCGGCCGUGCCUUUUCUCUCGUAGCUGCUGAAGACAUUGCACAUCUACUCGACUUGCACCUGUUCCUUGGAGCUGAGCUUUUACUACCGUCACAGGUGUCCGAAUAUGGCAACACAUGCCCAAGUGGGGUGUGGGGAGGCGUGCCCACGUCACUACUCGAGCUCAGGCAUCAAGAUGUCAGGUCGUGGGAGAAAGAUUGUUCAGAGAUAGAAGAAGCAGUCCGCACGUGCUCCCGCGGCUGGCAGCAGUACAUGAAGUGGCGCGAGCCCGCCUCGGCCGAGGCCAACAAGCGCGCCAAGGGCACCGACCUGCCCCCCCUCCCGCACCCCUUCCUCGUCGACGAACACGAGAGCACCACAGACAAAAUGAUAGCACAAAUCAAGAACUAUACGCCGAAAGGAACAAUUUUAGAAUUAUCAGCCAAAAACGAUUCACCUAUGUAUUUGGCCAUGAAGCGAAAGAAAGAAGUUCAUGGCAAAAUGGUCCAAAAAGUUCGUGAUAUCAAAAAACUGAAGGCUGAAGGAGUUCUGGAAGACACUAGUAACAUAAAACCUACUAAAGGAGGAGAAAACCAACCUGCAAAGAAAAAGAAGAAAGAGGUAGUGCGCGACGAAAACUACAUAUCUCAUUUUGCAAGUGAUCAACACACAGAAAUGGGCAUGGCGGUGAACUUCAACGCGGGUGCGGCGAGCGCGACGCUGGAGCUGGCGGCCGACAGCGGGGACGCCGCCAGGGCUCAGCGCUCCGCCCUGCGCUGGGACCGGAAGAGGAAGAAGAUGGUGCACGUCGACCCGGACGGUGGACGCAAAAUGAUCCGGACGGAAAGCGGUGGUCGUGUCCCGGCCUCGUUCCGUAGCGGACGAUACGACGAAUGGAGAAAACGAAACGUGGCGGAUGCUGGCUCUGAUGAUGAAGACACUACACAUUAUACCAAUACAAAGAAACCAGUAUCUGAGUUCCGUCCCCACUGGGUGAAGCACAAUGAGCGCGUUGCCAAGAAGUCAACGGAAGCAAAAUCUAAAGAGUUCAAAGAUAAACAACAGAUCGUGAAAGAGCGACUGCGGAAAGACAAGAUCAAGCAGAAGCUCAAAUUCAAGACGAACAAAAAGAAAAAGAAGAAAUAA